UUUGCUCAGCUGUCAAGAAUUUCUAAAUCAUUUAAAAACUUGGACGAUGGCGCUUCGAACUGAUGUUACAACUGUAAGGCAUAUCUACGAUGGUAGUUUGUAGGUUUUACCAACAAGGACAUUGUCGAUAUGGAGAUAGGUGUUGGAAUGAGCACCCCGGAGGUGGAAAUCAAGCAUUUGGGGGUCAACAAAAGCAUAUUUCAUUCAGCCAACAAAAUAAAUUUGAAGCACUCGCUAGUGCCUCAACAGGAAGCUCUGGUGGGACAAAUGUCAAGCUCAAGGAUCUGAACCCACAAGAAACCGUUGAAGUGCUGUGUAAAGAGAUUCAGCUGUGGGAAAAGAGUAAACUUUGGCCAUUCUCAUGUGUGGCUGUUUCUAAAGAAGCUCAAAAUCUUCCAGGUUUUGAAGAUAUUUCAACAGAGGAGCUGAGACUCGAGGCAUACACAGCCAAGGCUAACAACACUCUUCCAGCUUAUCAACAGAAAGUAGCCCAGUUGACUGCUGAAUAUAAAGCCAAGAGAGAAGAGCUACAGAGACCCUCAUUACAGGUGAAACAAAAGCUGAUUGCUGUAAUUGAGGAUAUCAAGAGGUCCGAGCAGAAUGUAUCUACUGGAGGUCUAUUUGGUCAAGCCCAAUCAAACAACACAUUUGGAGCAGCAUCUUCACCUUUAUUUGGAGGUACCCAAACCACUACAAACAAAGCCUCAUUUGGACAGCCAUCCAGUGAAUUAUUUGGACAGUCUAGUACUGCUACAACAGGCACUUCUGGUGGUUUGUUUGGUACAUCAGCCACAUCAGGGGGGUUGUUUGGACAGCCCUCUACUCAAAAUUCAAACACAUUUGGACAGACUGGAUUUGCAGCCAAUGCUGUCCAGCCUGGUACAUUUGGGGCCUCUAGUUCAACAGGGGGAGGUUUAUUUGGUUCACCCGCUGCAACGACAGCGCAGCAGGCAUCUGGUAACACAGGACUCUUUGGAAAGCCCAGCACCGGUUCUACAAGCACUGGUUUAUUUGGAAAACCAACCACAACGUCUACAAGCACUGGCUUAUUUGGAAAACCUAGCUCAGACACUACUAAUGCUGGAGCUGGAUUAUUUGGGAAACCUGCCACUGGUUCAAGUACUCAAUUAUUUGGUAAGCCGGGUGCAUUUGGUACCCCUAACCCAAGUGCAAGCGGAGUGUUUGGUGGUGGACAAACCACAGCAAGUGUUGCCAGUUCACAAAGUGCUCUGCCCAUUACAUCCACAUCUUCAGUUACUCCUGCUGCUCAAGCCACAACAGCAGUAAAUGCAAGUAAAAUAUACACUCCUAUGGAUCAGUUGACUAGUGCAGAAAAAGAGCAGUUUGAAUCGCAAAAGUUCUCACUGGGAAAUAUACCAAUUAGACCACCCGCUAAUGAGUUUUGUGUCUAAUUGACAUACAAUGUAAACUGAUAGUAAAUAGGCUAAAUAAAAUGUAAAAUGGUGGUGAAUGAAUUCUCUCUAUAUUUUAAUUGUAUUUUAUUGCAUCUCAGUUAGUAAUGGUUAGUCCCAGUUGACCUGCUUAUGUCUCAUUCCACAGCUUAUCUAGAAUCGAAUUCUCAUUUUGGAGAAUGUGUUAAUUGGAUAAUUUUUAAAAUCGUCAAAAUAGAACAGAUGCCAUUAACCCAAUUAACAGUAUUUAAUGAAAUGAUGUGCCCCUGAAAAGAACCAGAUGUAAUUAAAUUAAAUAAAUUGUGAUAUUACAAGAGGCUAAUAUAAAGAAUCAGCAAAGAGAUUUUAUACUAUGAUAAUUAAUAAAGCUCAAAAUGUGCAGGAACAUUGUCUUGAAUUCUAAUAUAUACAAUGGACAAUUGUCGGUACAGGAGACUGCCAAGUGAGGAUUUGCUCCUGUACCGACAAUUGUCGUUACUGGAGACUGCCCAGUGAGGAUUUGCUUGGGUACCGACAAUUGUCGUCACUCUAUCGUCUCCUAGAAGGGCAAGAUAGAGGACUGACAUUUUCAAAAAUAAAUACACUUGUUUCACUCUUGUUUGUAUCUUUCACUGAUAGUGCAGUGGUUAGCGUCCCCGGCUCUUGUAACGACAAUUGUCGGUACUCAGCCUUUACGUUUAAUAAUAUCUGCCAAUUUAUGUAAUCAAG